AUGCCGUCGCCCCCCAAGCCCUGGGAACGAGCUGGUGGAGUGGUUGCAUCUGCACCAGUGCCGACAUUGACGACCUCUACUCCAGCACCAGCAACUAGCAACACAGCGUCUGCCCCCUCCGCCCCUUCUCCCUCAUCAUCUUCGUCCGCACCCCCUUCCAUCCCCACUCGCCCCGCCGCACUGUCAAAUACCUCAGCGCUCACGAAUCCCAACACCGGCUACGCCGCUCCCUACUCCUCAUACAGCCCCUACAAUCGAUUCGGCGGCAAUUCGUAUUCGUCCUACGGGAUGAACAACAUGUACGGCGGGAUGGGGUACGGCGGGAUGGGCGGGAUGGGGGCGAUGGGUGGAAUGGGUGGCAUGUACGGCGGGUACGGGUCGUACGGCAUGGGCGGGAUGUAUGGUGGCAUGCCCGGCUACGGGAUGCCCGGUGGGGCAUUCGGCGCCGACCCCUCGCAGCCGACGCUUACGCAGACACUCGAGGGCGCGACGCAGCACACGUUUGCUCUCUUGCAUUCCAUCGUGCAGACCUUUGGCGGCGUUGCGCAGAUGCUCGAGAGCACGUUCAUGGCGACGCAUUCGAGCUUCUUCGCCAUGGUCGGCGUCGUCGACCAAAUCGGCCAGCUGCGCGCCGCUCUCGGGAGCGUCCUCGGGCUAUUUGGCCUCGUGCGCUGGCUUCGCGACCUUCUCACUGGCCGUCGCUCGGGCGGCGCGAUGCAGGGCGAGUUCAGGGACUUUGUUAGCGGCCGCCCCGUGCAGCCGCAGAGCCAGGCCGCCCCGCGCGCAAGCAAGAAGCCGCUCAUCAUCUUCCUCCUCGCCGUUCUCGGGGUGCCGUAUGCGAUGCACAGGCUCGUGCGUGCGCUCGUAGCGCGGCAGCAGGCGCUGGCGGAGCAACAGCAGGGCGCACUACCGCCGCUCGAUCCCUCGCAGCUGACAUUUGCCCGCGCGCUCUACCCGUUCGAGCCGUCGUCUCCUGCGGAGCUAGCGAUAAAGGAGAAUGAGAUCGUGGCGAUCAUGGGCAAGCUGGACCCUGCGACGGGUGCGGAGAUUGAUCCGAGACUCGAGGUGGAGGGGAGCGAGUGGUGGAAAGGGCGUACACGCGAUGGGCGAGAAGGGUGGUUUCCAAAGAAGUGGGUCCAAGUGCUGGAAAGACGGAAAUCUGUCGAGGCUCCUGCAUCAAAUCCAAUCGCGGAAGCGAAAAAACCAGAAUGA